AUAUUUCUGCCGCUCCUGCCGCCGACGCCAGUGCUGCCAGUGCCGCCGCCCCGGAGAUGUCCUUCCCCCAGCUGGGCUACCCGCAGUACCUCAGCGCCAGCCAGGCGGUGUACGGCAGCGAGCGGCCCGGGGUGCUGGCCGCCGCCGCCGCAGCCGCCGCAGCCGCCGCCGCCGCCUCGGGCCGGCCCGCGGGCGCCGAACUGGGCAGCGGCUCGGCCGCUGUCACCUCGGUGCUGGGCAUGUACGCGGGGCCCUACAGCGCCCCCAACUACAGCGCCUUCCUGCCCUACACCGCCGACCUCGGCCUCUUCUCGCAGAUGGGCUCCCAGUACGAGCUGAAAGAUAAUCCGGGUGUCCAUCCUGCUACCUUCGCAGCCCACACCGCCCCCGGCUAUUAUCCCUACGGACAGUUCCAGUACGGGGACCCGGGGCGACCCAAAAAUGCCACCCGGGAGAGUACCAGCACCCUCAAGGCCUGGCUCAAUGAACACCGCAAGAACCCCUACCCUACCAAGGGCGAGAAGAUCAUGCUGGCCAUCAUCACCAAGAUGACCCUCACCCAGGUCUCCACCUGGUUCGCCAACGCCCGCCGCCGCCUCAAGAAGGAGAACAAGGUGACCUGGGGCUCCAGGAGUAAGGACCAAGAAGAUGCUAACCUUUUUGGCAGCGAUAACGAGGGGGACCCUGAGAAGACCGAAGACGAUGAGGAGAUCGACCUGGAGAGCAUAGACAUAGAUAAAAUUGAUGAAAACGAUGGGGAACAGAGCAAUGAGGAAGAGGAGGAGAAGCCUGAGCUCCUGAGACAAAGCAGUGAAGAGGAGCGCUUGGAAAAAGACAAGGAAUUGUCACUGUCAGGAUCUGAAGGGCUGAAACCCAAAGAUGCUCUGGCCAUGGUGAAGGAGGCCUCUGACAACAGCACGCGAAUCAUUAGCCCCGGGGGACAGAGCAAUUUACAGAUGCCAUCUCACAGCAAACCCAAGAUCUGGUCUUUGGCAGAGACUGCGACCAGCCCUGAUGGUGCCCUGAAAUCCUCCCCCCCACCACCUCCCCCUGCCCAGGUCACCCACACUUCGCCACAGAUCCAGCAUCCCGCCUUUCUCCCCAGCCAUGGACUCUACACGUGCCAGAUUGGCAAGUUUCACAACUGGACAAAUGGGGCUUUUCUCACGCAGAGUUCCCUGCUAAACGUGAGGUCGUUUUUGGGAGUAAAUCACCACCAUGCCACUCACCACAACCACCACCUCCAGGCCCAGCAGCAGCCUUCUGUUUUAACAGCCACCCUGGGAGCCCUAAGCAGUGAAAAGCCUUCAGAGAGGACCAGUCCCAAACACAUAGAAAAUGUCCCAAGAACCGAUUCCCCACCUCAGCCACUCAAAUCGCCCUUCCAGCCUGUCCGUGACAAAUAUAAAUGGACCCUACUUCCACUUGUGCUGUAAAAUGCAUUGUUGAAAACGAAAGGGAGAAGGCUUCUCACAGUUCCCUAUGUAUAUAACUUUGCUGUCCAGAUCCUUUUCUAUGCUGGAUGAAGAGCUUUAGUGCUGCAGCACACAUUCUGACCGAAGCUGUAAAAUAAUAGAUUAGGACAUAAUUUGUAACGAUUUACUCAUUACAUAAAUACAGAGGAAAUGUGACGGUUAAAGAUCUUUCUCUGCGAGAUGAAGCACGAUCGUAGCAUAGAGAAGUGGCAGCUCUGGCACUUCCAGUAGAAAGUUCUCAGAUUCCGAUCUGUCGGUUAAAAAGAGGCUGAGACAAUCUCUCGGUUUAUAAAGGCAUCAAUCUUCCAAGGACGGUCCGUUAAAAUGUGUAAUAUUUUGAGUGUUUCCUUCUUCUUCUUCUUUUUUUUUUUUUUUUUUUCCCCUAAAUGAGAACACUAAAUGAGCAUUGAGGUGCUAAUAAGAUACCAGAUGGUUGUUGAUGGUGGAAAAUGGAAAGAAGCAGCUGGGAAAGUCAUUAAGAAAUAAUGCGGUGACGCCCUAAACAAACCGAACCAACCUCAAACCAGGGCUUGUCGGAAACAAGAUGAGAUUGUCGAAUAAAGCAUUAAUAAAAUUC